CAUGAUUAAGUGGUUCGGAAGCGUUUCGUGGGAUAAAUGGUGGAGUAAUCAGGGAAACGCGUGAUGUGACCUCCGAGGAGCUGAUUAUGUGUCUGUGAAGCGAUUGGUGGCUUGUUCGGAGCUGGUCGCUGCGCGUCCCGGUAGCGUUUUGAGCUAAUUCGCUAAAGAACAUCUGAUUGUUGCUCAUGGAAGUCGUUCGCCCGAGUGCUGGGUUUGGAGCUGUGGAUGUGGUUGGAACAAGGGCUGAUGGAUAAAUGUGGGGUAGUUUGCCUUAGUGCUGGUUAAUGGGUAAAGGACUGGUUGUGGAAGAAGGAAGAAGUGGUUGUAGUGAAGGUUUGGGGAGGUGAAGGUUUGGGUAAACCCCCUGUGGAAGGAGAAUUUGCAAGGCAAAUUGGAUGAAACAUUGGGUUGUUCUGCUCUGUGCGUCUCUGGUGAAAGGAGAGAGUGCUUUCACAUCUGGGAAAUUCACGUCUCCUUGUCAGAUGGUGAGGGGAGCGAUGUCCCGGGGGGGAUCCACCGGGGGGAUGCAGGGAGCAGCAUCAAUCCCCCCUGUGGUGUUGGCAGCUGUGCCCGUGUCUGUGCAGCAAUCCUGGCUUGGCUUCCUCCAGUUUUUAUUCAGCCAAGCGCCGGGCAGCCGGCUCAGCCCUGAUAAACAGCCCGAGUCUGAUGGUACCGAGUGUUUUCCUUCGAAUUCCCUCGGGGAUUUGUUUUUGUGUGGCUGCACAGGUGGAGCAAGGGCAAGGCUUGUCUGCUGGGAGAAACUGCUGAGCCCAGAGGAACGGGAAAAAGUCUUCCUUCAGGAAAGAGCAUUUCAUACAAAGUAUAACUCCAGCUUUGAAAUGCAGCCCUGAAUCCUGUUGUGUUUUUUUUUUUAAUAGAGACUUCCCGAGUUGGUAUUAGCGACAUCUCAUGCAAAAUGUAACUUCGGCUGUGAAAUGCAGCCCUGAAUUCUGCUGUUUUUUAAAUAAUUUUUAAUAUUUUUUUUUCUGAAUCAGUGAGAGUGGAUAUUAGUGACAUUUCCCAGAAUCACUUAGUUAGGUUGGAAAAGACCUCUGAGAUCAUCGAGUCCAACCUGUUUGGAACAGAGGGAGCCAAGAACAAUCUUUAGGGAAAAGAGGCAAAAUAAGGGAGGCUGCACAUGCUGUCCCCGAGCUGUGCUGUCACAGCAGAGCCUGGUUUCCUCUCCAGCUGUCCAAAGGAAGCAGAGAAUUUGUGCCAGGAUUUGGUCAAGGUGGAAAUCUUUUCAGGAGUGACAGCAAACAGGGAUACGGGAAGUGGGGAAGCAGAGCCACCCCUCUGCUUUUUGAGGGAAAUCUCACAAAUAAUGGUGAACACAGGGAGAUAGAACUGAGAGCUUAACCAGCGACUUUAUUCUGAUUUAUGAGCAGUGAUUUGUCUCAACGAAAGAGCACUUUAUUAGAGCAUUUAAUAGGUGAUUUAAUUGCACUGGUUUUUUCCUCUGAAGAAUUUGUUUUAGGGAAGCCUUGAAAUGCAGUCAUUUUGGCCCCAAAGCCUUGAUGCCUUAGGAGUUUGCAAAUACAAUACAAGCUGCAGAUAUUAAAUAACUCUUCUUUAUCUGGCUGGCACAAACCUCUUGGAUACAGAGGUUGUGUGUACAAAACGUGGCUCAGGAAGUGGCCGUGGUUGGCUUGGUGCUGUUCAGAAAUUGCAUGUGCAAGAGUGAAUCUCUGGUGGUUUGUGAUGUUGCCGAAGACCUGGUGGAGAAACUGAGAAAAUUCCGGUUUCGCAAGGAGACCAACAAUGCUGCCAUUAUAAUGAAAAUCGACAAGGAUAAGCAGUUGGUGGUGCUGGAUGAGGAGCAUGAGGGUAUUUCUCCUGAUGAGCUAAAAGAUGAGCUGCCUGAGAGACAACCUCGAUUUAUUGUGUAUAGUUACAAGUACCAGCAUGAAGAUGGAAGAGUUUCUUAUCCAUUGUGCUUUAUCUUCUCCAGUCCAGUUGGAUGUAAGCCUGAGCAGCAGAUGAUGUAUGCUGGCAGCAAGAAUAAGCUUGUACAGACAGCUGAACUCACUAAGGUAUUCGAAAUCAGAAAUACAGAAGACCUCACUGAAGAGUGGCUGCGUGAGAAACUGGGCUUCUUCCACUAAGGAAAACCUCUGUACUAAGUAUUUAUGUACCAUCCUGGUGACACUGGAACCAGACAUGAAUACUUACAUCCCAGCAAUGCACUGUAUUCACAGCUGUCUCCUGCAGUAUCUCUCUUGUGCAGAGUUUGUGCAAAGAAUAGCAGGUCUGUCUCCUUGAAGUAACAAAUCUUUGCAGGUGUUUCCUUAUUUGUACCUGCUAAAAGGGAAUACUCCUCUGCAGGGACUCCUUUUGCACUCUUGUGACUAAUAUUUCUGUGACUAAAAUAGUUCAGUUCUGGAUUUAUAACUAUGUACAAACAUCAUUUGGAAGCUGACGCUAACUUUUUCUGAGCUACAACUGCAUCCUGAUGACACACGUUAGCCAUUUAUAUGCAGAAUUUGUGUACUGUCACUUACUUUUCAGAUUUUUUUGACUUAAUGUCUUCUCAGUUUUGAAAACUACUCCCUGGAAUCAUUUGGUAUUAAAAAGACAAAAUCCUUGUACAGCAAAUCCAUCCAUUUAUCUUUCCAUUGAGUCCAUGUGAACUGUCUCAAAUUCUUGGAACUAAUUUUUGUCAUUCCAGUAAUUCCUCAGUUGCCUGAGUCAAUCUUUCUAAAUUUCAGGGCAAAGCUUUGACUGUCCAGUUCUCCUGCUAAUACAGUCUCACAGGAACUAGCUGAUAACUAAGGGCUGAACUACAACUCUGGUUCUUCUCAUACCAGAUUUCUUCUUGCAUCUCUAACUUCUGACACUGUUGAGAAGUUUACCUCUGCUCAUUUCCUGUUAUCUGAACACCUGGUGAUACUGUGUGCCUUUCAUUUGUUAGCUUUAAAAGGACUUGAGAAUUUUACACUGCCACUUCUUACAAAUUUGGUAAAAACUUUGUUAAAAAAAUCCAAGCAACAUUUGUUCCUAGUGCCUCGUGCUGCAGCUGACAUCUGUUAAAACAAAAAGCCAACCUCUUUUGCUUUGAAAUUCCAAUCAUCUGCUCCAUUUGUAGGAGUCAGGAGGUUAAAGCUUUUCAUGAUAAUGAAUGAUUUAUAUCUCUUUUGUUAUGAAAGUUGGCCACACGUAGCUUUUGAGUACUUUAAUUACAAAUCUCUUAACUUUCUUAACCGCUUGUUGGUCAAAAUUACAUUCCAGAUGAAGCUUUUGCAUAAAGCGAUCAUUUGAUUCUCAUCGACUUAACGGUUCAUCUCUUUGAAAACAGCAGAUCUUCUAAUGUGAAAAUAGUAUUUAACUUUUAUAAGUGACCAGUCUUUUUACAGGUCUGUUUUAUAUUGACUAGAGUAGUUGUCUGACGUGGGACACGCUCAGCCCGUGCCGUGGCAGAAGGAGCACUCACGGGACAGUCUCUCGCUGUGUUUGUUGUGCUGCUGAACACGUAUCUGCGUAAGAGCAGCUUCCUGUUGAUAACAUACCUUAAAAUACAGCUGCCCCAACCAAUCUGCUCGCUGGGAAGGAAUGCAGUGUUAAAUUUGGAGGCCAGUAUUUCAUGCUGUGAAACCUUUGCUGGAAGAGGGGUUAUUUUUUCGUUUGUGAACGUACCCUGUGUUAGUGUUAAAACACUAAUUCCUGCAAGAUCACAAGGAAUCCAUUUGCAAAGGUCCUCAGUGUUGGUAAAUCUCUUCUUAGUUUGAUGUUAUUGCUCAUUUAUUUGUAUAUAAAUCUGACUUGAGAGGAGCUUUUCAAAAUACGUGUUGGAAUGAUCCAAUUAAAUCGAUCUUUCGGUGCGGGAAAGAAAUGCUUGUAAUUAAAUUCCUGUGUUAACGUAGUGAACUGGAAAAACAAUUUCAUUUCCCUGGAUGAAAAGAUGUUGAUUAUGAAACUGUUGCUUGAUCAUUCUGUACUGCAAAUCAAUAAAAACAAUGUCUUUUGUGACAAACAUUGUAUAAACAAGACUUUGGCUCAAAGGAUAGCGUCAUUCCAAGCAUCAGCCUGGAAACAGCAGGAAGCUUGGGUGUUUUUGGGAUUGAGCUGGAGGUGAGGCAUGUCAAAGUACAGCGUGGGCGAGAGGGGAGCUGAUGCUUGGAACGUUCAGCUUGAUUUGCAGUGGGGAAAACUGGAUUAAUCGUCUUUGUACUUUGUACACUGGUGGGCUGCCAGCAGCCAACUGCUGCCUGCACAGGUCUGCACAAAAAUAACUGUACCAGAGGCCUGUCUCAGGAGGGAAGGGAGGAGCUGCUGCAGUCAGAUGGUUCAGUUUGACUUUUCACCUCUGGGUUGCUCCACCUUCGGCCAAGAAAACGCUGCUCCUUCCAGCUGCAUCUUCAGCAGAGUUCUUCCACUUCACGUGUUCUCGUGCCUCCACUUAAGCCCUUUCUGCCUUGGGUGCUGCCCCUCUGUUUGCAGAGAGCAACAGACCCUGUGAGAAUUAAAGCCCAGUUUCUCCUGAGAGGUGAUGUUGGUGCUGCUCAGCCCACCAGUAUUAUUCUCCAGCCAGCCUUGCCUGGCAGCUGUACCCCCUCCCCUCUCUGAGCUGUGGAAGCAGCUGCAGGUACUCAGAGGGUGUUUGCUGUUCCAGGCUUGUUCCUGGUCUCCUUGGUUUUCGUGCAGCGUUUUGACACAACUGUCUGCUGCUAAUUGUGCUGGGCUCUUGAGAUACAGGCAGUGCUAAUACCUGACUAAGCAAAGACAUUAAUUAUGUCCAGAUCUUUCCUGCGCCAAUAUUACUUGUUUUCCCACCAUCCUUUUCCCACCUUAUCUGUAGAACUGUGUGUUCUGUGCUGCUGCCCCCCCAAGCUCAGUGGGAGGCAGAUGUGUCCGUGUCCAGGCCAGUAUGUUCCACUGUAAUCACACAAUUCUCUUACAUUUUCAGACCUCUGAAGAGGGAUCUAAAGGACAACACAAAUUAACCUGUGGGAGCCUUUGUAGCUAAAGGUCUGAGAGUCAGCAUUUUCCAUUGGGAGCUCCUAUUUUUCGGGGGUUAGUAAGUCGGCCUUAAAAUCCUUGGCCUGGAGUUAAAGGUCUCUCCAAGGGAGACUUCUGCCACAAUUAAUCAGGUUUGCUUUAAAUAUUGACUAGAUGGCUGGGUCACAGCUCCUGUAGUCCAGUUCAUUGAUGGUAAGCUGAAUUAAAGCAUGAGUUUGCAUGUCAGCCCAUGAAAUGGACUUGUAGUGUUUGAAUAUUUUUAACAAAAAAUGUAAAUGCUGGUAUUUUGAUGGCUUAAGUGUAUUUCUAGUAUCAUGAAUGCUAUUCUGAUCUAUCAAAGGAGGCAAUAAUGGAGGUGUUGACACCUUUAUCACUUCUCCAAAGGAGCAUCUUGUGCACUUGUACCAGGAUUCCAUUUUUGUAUCUUUAACUGUAAAAUAGCCGGUCCAGAAACGAUGUUAAACUGGUGACAGGGGCCUGACUCAAACAGGCAGAAGCAAGAGAGCUCAAUUCCUCACUUCAGUGCGCUCCAGAAAUAAAUAUCAUGCAACAUUUUUUUGGUACAACAUGUAAUGACUGUGAAACAGAGCCGUGGUGGGACAGAGAGGGGGCUCAGUGAAACUCCUGCGUUUGUUCCACGGUCCCAAAUCACUGUUGUACAAGGUCUGAGAGGUUCAGGGCCAGGACUGAGAAUUUGGCAGUUCCAUGAAAAUACCAGUAACCAGUACAACUUCCAUAUGCUGUUUAGUCUCUGCUAGUUCACACUGCAUGUUUACUUUAAACCAAAUCUUUUUUUUUUGCUAAGCAUGGUGCUUGUAUUGGUUUAAAUAAAAUGUUUCAUUAAGA